AAAUGCAAACGCUGAUGGCCGAGCUCCGCGUAGGGCCAAUUUCCCAAAGCGUCCCAUUUCCUUUCAAACAAAAUUGUACUUAAGAAAAAAAUACGGCUAGGACGUCUACAAAAAAGACGCGAACGAGUUUGCUCUAAAAUGUGUGUGAUACUAGAGUGUGACCGCCUGUUGUUACCUCUUCAUAAUGUGCUUCUAAUAAAUAACAUAAAAAAUAGCGCAAUGUACGGAACCUUUAGAACGCGAGUCCGACUCGCACUUUUCCGGUUUUUAUUUAGGUUAAAGUUGGCUCGAUAAAAAUCUUCCGUCGCAAGUUUCGCGCGGCGCACUGUAUCUUUAUUCCUUUCUAAUUUCCUGGUUUUGUGCCACGGAACAUCGCGUAGUCUCUGCUUUGAAAACUCAAAAACGUUCUAAAAUUAUUGUACCAUACUCAGCACGUGUAGCCAGCACGUAAAUUAUUAGUUAAUAUUAUACUAAUCACUACAUUUUUUCCGUUCAGGCCUGGAACCAAUGUUCGAAUCUCCAAACUACGAAAUAGCUCACAUCCUAUUUUGGAUCACCAUAAUGGUGACCGUGUACUGCUCCGGGAGCAUAGCCGCCCUCCUCAUCACCUUGUCGGGCUACAUCGAGGCGCAGAUGAUCGCCCUCGGCGACGAGAUUCUCGACCUGUGGCCGGACGCGCAAGCGUUGACGUGCGAGACCGGUCAGGACGAGGACAAACUAAGGAACCUGUACAUUAAACACCAGCUGGAGUACAUCGUCCAAGCACACGCCGCUAACUUAGCUCUCCUUCGACUGACCGAAAGCAUUUUCAGCAACGCCAUCGCGGUAGAAUUUUGUUUACUAGGCCUGGCCCUGAUCGCGGAGUUGCUCGGUGGAAUAGAAAACACGUAUAUUGAAAUACCUUACGCCUUGAACCAGGUAUCCAUGGACUGUUUUACUGGACAGCGUCUCAUGGAAGCGAGUCUAAGGUUCAGUGACGCGGUGUACGAUUGUCAGUGGGAAAAUUUCGACGCAUCCAAUAUGAAAACGGUGUUGAUGAUUUUGAAAAAUUCGCGGACGAUGGUACUCUCGGCUGGGGGCGUCGCGGAGCUGCGGUACACCAGCCUAAUGUCCGUCAUCAAGUCCAUAUACUCGGCCUACAUGGCGCUGCGGUCUACGGUUGACUGAACAUUUUUACUUUGUAAAUCCAUAGUGCACUCAGAUACAAGCACCAUUGCACAGAGUAUAAUUAUAUCUUUAGAAAAUAAAGUUCCACAGAAAUCAUAUUUUAUCUCGUUAUAUUAUAUAUGGAACCGCGUGGAGGAGGCCUAAACCCAAACAAGGGUUCUUGUAACAGAACCAUAAUAAUAACUAGGUAUAUACUGCUAACGUAUAGGGAUGCGUCAAUAAAACUACGUGCUCGGAUCAAGACUGAUUCAUUUAUCUAUAUCGCUUACCCACCCACAUGCAUAUUAAGAAUAAUAAGAACCUACCCACAACCCCCUUAUAUACUUUUCAUUUUACAAUUUCUGUAUUUGGUUCAAAUCAUACAUUUAACGAUUUUAUUCACAAGAACAAAUAUAAAUAGGUACUUACACAUUUUUCUUUUUCACAAAAAAGAACUUAAUAUCACAAAAUUUUAUAACGCAAAAUUACAGGGAUGGUAUUAAAGAUAAAACAAAU